AUAGAUCCCGGUAUGAAAUAGCCUGCAGGCACCUGUUCGUACCUAAAAUCAACAGGAUGUAAACAAAAAAUUUAAAGGGACAAUGCAUUGAAAUCACUGAUCUGUGAUUGAAAUGGUAAAACUUCGAACUUACAAGCUGGGAAAAAAACAAAAAACAUUUAUCAAACGAUGAAUACUUUAUGGAUAUAUGUACUGUGUAUUUCAAGAAUUUCCGCGGAAGAUAUCCAUCUGGAUUUGCCUUUAGGGCACGGAAGAGAAUUGGGAAAACAUAAACUUAGCGAUGGCCAUGUUGAACAGCUAUACGAAAUUCCCAAUCCCGGUCAAUUUUGGGAAAAAUAUGCAAGCAAGGGAACGCCAGUUGUUUUCAAAGACGCUGCAAAGAACUUUCCAGCGUUUGAGCUUUGGACAGAUGAAUUCUUAAUUCGUCAUUAUGGAAACCUCGAAGUGAAGUUAGAAUCGAAAAAGGAGAAAAAUAAAAUUCCGAUUGGGGAAAAAGGCCUUGGUCGCGAUACCAUUAGAAGUUAUUUGAAUGAUUACAAGAGCAAGGAUUCGUAUGUUGUCUCGCAGUUACCUGAUCCAAUGGCACGCGAUGUCAACCUUCUGUCGUGUUUGUCUUGUGGGACGUUUUCCAAGAGGAUUAUGGAGGCCAAUCUCUGGCUGAGCAGCGGUGGUACAUCCAGCUUGUUGCAUCGUGAUGCAGAUAAUGCUAUUAACUGUUUACUGAAUGGGACUAAAGAUUGGAUUCUGAUCCAUCCAAAACAUGAAGAUAAAAUUCCUAUCGCCCAAGGUGAUAAAGGUUAUGGUGGAUUUGCCACCUUGGAUGUGGAUAAUGUCAAUCUCAUAAAGUAUUCUGAUUUCAAACAUGUUCCCUGGCAGUAUGCAAACCUCACUGCUGGAGACUGUUUAUUUUUGCCUUAUGGGUACUGGCAUCAAGUAAGAUCAUAUGGUACCAAGAACAUGGCUGUCUCAGUGUUAUUCUCAAGAUUGAAAGAAUUCAGUGCCACUGGUUGUAAUAGGACAGAAUAUACAUCAAUCCCUCUUUCCAAUGCUAACAUGAUCUGGACAUACCCUGGUCAUGGACCACAGACACUUGGAAAUAGUGAUCCAUUUGACUUAAGAGAUGGCUUAGCAGAAAUGGUUCUUGAUUUGGAAAACAAAAACAAAAAAUUUGACAGUGCUGAUUUUUUGUUUGAAUGGUUCACAAAGGCAGAUUUACUUGAGGAGGAAGAUGAAAGAAGGAGUGUGGCAACCCUGAUAUACGAAGAGUUGAAGAUAUCUACAAACGGUGCAAUGUCAUCAGAUUCUAUCAGGAAUCUGUCGAUAGAAAUGCUGAAAUCGCUGGCCAUGUUGAUCGAAGGUGAUCCUGCCAACUCUGAAGAAUACGAACAUGCCGUGUUCACACCAGACGAAAUAGGGCAAAUGAUUAAGAAAACAUUGGCUCAAAAUAGCGGGAAGUUUAGUCAUGAGAUGUUAAGCAAAUCAUACCAGAAUUUAGGUGGUUCUGAGCAUAUCGCUCGUGAGCUAUUCUUCGACAUGGAUAAAGAUGAGAACGGGGUAGUGACUGAGGAAGAAGUAUCACAAACCUUGAAAGAUGUGUUGAACAAAUUCGAGAAGAAAUACAAUCAUGAUCCAUCCAAUGAUUACUAUCGCGGGGAAUUAGAAAAGGACAAGGAAAUGAUGGAAAAAAUACAUAACGAACUGUAACGAGAGAACAAUUGGUAGUUAGGGUUUCCAAAUUAGGAGUUUUUCACAAAGGCCUUGUUUUUUAAGCUAACUUUUCCGCAAAAUAUAUACUGCAAGAUUUUGUAUUUAAGCCAGCGUUAAACGCGACAUUAAUUUUAUUCU